UCUAGUGAUACUCCGCGUUUCAUCAACUAAGAUACGAUCUCUACAUCUAUAUAUAAGUAAUGAUGAAAGUACCUCGUGCCAGCACAUUCCCUCAAACAUCACAAAAUUACUAAAACUAUUAGUGCUUUAAAUUACUGUGUUACAUGGAAGGGAGGAAUAGUACUGCUCACCAUGGUGGUAUAGCUUCUAGCUAUACAGGAGUACGAAAGAGAAAAUGGGGCAAAUGGGUGUCGGAGAUACGUGAACCUGAGAAGAAAACUAGAAUUUGGUUAGGCAGUUUUGAGACACCAGAAAUGGCAGCAGCUGCUUAUGAUGUUGCAGCUUUACAUUUUAGGGGAUGUGAAGCAAAACUUAAUUUCCCUGAAUUGGCUGGUAAGCUACCAAUGCCAGCAAGCUCCAGUGCUGACCACAUUCGCAUGGCAGCUCAUCAGGCAGCUGUUAGCCUUAGGCCCUCUACUGUUGACUCGUCCCAAGGUGGUAGCUCUAGCUCCAAUGUCGGGCCUAUCACGGUGAGGCUCUCGCCAAGCCAAAUUCAGGCCAUCCAUGAGUCACCAUUGGAUUCACCAAAGAUGUGGAUGCAAAUGGCAGAGAUAGCAACGCUAGAGGAGUCCUCCAUGAUGUUCUCUGAUGACAUUGAAGACGACGAGUGGGAUAACAACCAAACAGAUUCUCUUUGGGGUCCUUAGAGAAUGGAUCGAGUCCGUGAAUACGCUAAAUAGAAUAGGCGUAUAUGCAAGAGUUAAUUAAUUUUCAAUAUAAACUUUCACCUAUAUUUUUUUUUGUUA